AUGGACACUCGGUUUAGGAGUCCUGUUGUUCCACGUAAAAUCAGUGGUGCUGAAGAUGCAUCGGUAAAUGCUGUGGUUAAAAAAUCUAAAAGAUCAAAAUCAUCAGAACAUUCACUGGAAAAAGUCGAUCCUUUUUUGAGGAUGAAUGUCAAGGAUGGCAAAGAUCCUGAAGAUCCAAUGACAGUCUUGAAUAAGAGGUGGUCUAUCAUAGCCAGGAAUCAAGAAACGAUGUCCAAGCAAGAGUUACUCAAUAAUUAUCGAUUAUUAAUGAAUGAUCAUCUUCGUCUUGAACGAUUUCUUUCAAUUGUUACCAAAGAUAGUGAGAUGGCAAGGAACAGACUUGAGACGGAUUUAUUGGAUGCUAUGAUGUGCAUUGUGGAUUUACAACAGGCACUGGAAGUAAAAAUGGCAAGACGUCGAAAAAUCUAUUUGUGA